GUCAGUGACACUGAGCCUGUGUUCGUUUUAAAAACCUCAGGGUACCGAGAGCCUUACAUGUAUUUGUUUCCUUGAUUUACUGCUUUUAACUGUACGGUUUUAAAUGUGUGACAGAGGCGACUCUAAUGAUGGAGAAGUCAGUAAGCGCAGAGUGGUGUACAUUUACAGUUCGGACUAUGUUGAGACGUGUGACUCCUUAUCGAAAGUGCCGAACCGGGCAAGUAUGGUGCAUUCCCUUGUUGAAGCCUACGGCUUAUUACAGUACAUGAGGGUGGUCAAGCCUCAUGUGGCUACAAUGGAGGAGAUGGCAGUGUUCCACACGCACUCCUACCUAGAGCAUCUCCACAAGAUCAGUCAGAACGGAGACAAUGAUGACCCUCAGUCUGCUGAUUUCGGACUGGGGUAUGAUUGCCCGGUAGUGGAGGGUAUAUUUGAUUAUGCAGCGGCUGUUGGUGGAGCCACUCUGACUGCUGCCCAGUGUCUGGUGGAUGGAAAGUGUGAAGUGGCCAUCAACUGGGCAGGAGGCUGGCAUCAUGCCAAGAAGGAUGAGGCGUCAGGCUUCUGCUAUGUGAACGAUGCUGUUCUGGGCAUCCUCAAACUGCGAGAGAAGUAUGAGCGGGUACUUUAUGUGGAUGUGGAUCUUCAUCAUGGAGAUGGUGUGGAAGAUGCCUUCAGCUUCACUUCCAAAGUGAUGACCGUGUCUCUGCACAAGUUCUCUCCUGGCUUCUUCCCAGGUACAGGUGAUGUGAGUGACACAGGACUGGGGAAGGGCCGCUGGUAUGCUGUCAAUGUGCCUCUGGAAGAUGGAAUCAGAGAUGACCGCUACCUCCAGGUCUUUACCAGCGUCAUGCAGGAAGUGAAAGCGGUGUUUAAUCCAGAAGCUGUCGUGAUGCAGUUAGGUGCCGACACCAUGGCCGGUGACCCCAUGUGCUCCUUCAACAUGACUCCUGUUGGGGUGGGCAAGUGUCUGAGCCAUGUUCUGGAGUGGGAGCUACCUACGCUGCUGCUAGGAGGAGGCGGUUAUAACCUUGCCAAUACUGCCCGCUGCUGGACCUAUCUGACAGGGACAGUGCUGGAACAGGCUCUGUCCUCAGAGAUACCAGACCACGAGUUUUUUACGGAAUAUGGUCCGGAUUAUUCCCUGGAGAUCAGCCCGAGCUGCCGACCCGACCGCAACGAGAGCCAGCAACUGGAGAGGGUCAUCAGCACCAUCAAAGGGAAUCUGAAGAAUGUGGUUUAGGAGUGGGCUCUAAGCUCAUGUUUCCAAAUCAGACCCUGCGCUCCUAAUGAAGACAGUAUGUGGGAGCCAUCGCCAGAGGGGAGCUUUGGAAAACAUUACUUGAAUGUUUCCAAGGAUUUUUUUUUCUUAAUGGGAAAGCGAGUGGGCCAGUGUUACCCCAUUUGAUAGUUUCUAGUCAAAGGGGGUCAGAGGGUGAAAACUCAAAAGGGUUUUUAUU